AUGGACCACUCCAGCUCUGCAUCUUGGCCUUCUCAGGUGCCGGCGCCAGAGAAGUCUAGCCAGUUGUACAUUCGUGACUAUCCUCAUCGCUCCAUCGCAAUCGUCUCGGCGUCUCACGCCCUCAUAUUCCGCUACAGCUCCGCCAGCACCGGCGCAAACGGCUCCCUUACUUCCCUCGCAUCCACCCGCUCACGACCCAAUGGCGAUGCUGCUGCGUCGAAGUGUAUGGUCGAAUUCACCCAGAUCACCAGAAAAACGCUCGCUGAAUACCGGCCGCUGACACCGCGACCGAUCUUUGGAACAUUGGGUCUGAUUUCCGUUGAGGGCGACGUGUUCCUUUCCGUCGUGACACAUGCUACAAGAGUCGCCACCCUUAGGCCGGGGGAGACAGUGGAACGGAUUGCGAGCGUCGCAUUCUUCUGCCUCAACAGCAGCGAGUGGGACGAUGUUAUUUCUCUCGAUCCUUUGGAUUCCGAGCUUUCGGAUGCCAACUCCGUGUACGGCCAGAACCUCAGAGGACGGGAGGUUCAGGUAGAACAUCCUUGUACGGACCUUCGGAAGCUCUUGGGCAAUGGCACGUUUUACUACAGUACCGACUUCGAUCUCACAAAUAGAUUGCAAGAUAGGACUGUGAACUCGUAUACUUUUGACAUUGACAACUUUGAUGAUUCCUUCCUGUGGAAUUCGUACAUGAUCAGCCCACUGGUCCAGUUCAGAUCUCGACUGCAGCCCCAGGAGCGCGAAGCUUUGGAUUCGUCACGGUUUCUGACAUCUGCUAUCCGUGGAUUCUGCCGGACAAUGGCUAUCCCCCAAACGAGCGCUCCUCUGAAGACGCGAUCGACUGGACUACCAUCAUACUUGACCGUUGUUUCAAGACUAUCUUGUCGCAGAGCGGGAACCCGAUUCAACUCCAGAGGCAUUGACGACGACGGUAAUGUGGCAAACUUUGUCGAAACAGAAACGAUAUACUGGAGCCCUGGCGGGACCCUCUUUUCGUAUGCUCAAGUCAGAGGUUCAGUUCCUCUAUUCUGGGAACAGACUGCGGAGCUCAUCCCUGGUAAGCAAAACAUCACCGUCAUCAGGUCUCCUGAGGGAGCCCAGCCGGCCUUCAACAAACACUUCGCGGACCUGGAGCAAGCCUACGGCGCCGUUCACGUGGUCAACCUUUUGAGUGAGGGUAAACCUGGUGAGGCGCAGCUCAGUCAGUUGUACCAUCUCGGCGUGGAACAUUGCCCGUUGAGCCAGGUUGGGGAGGACGAGUCGCAAGACCACGCACUUCUCAGAGAGACUCACUACGACUUCCAUGCCGAGACGAAAGGCCCUGGAGGUUACGAGGCUGCACGUCAGAUCCGCAGAUAUAUUGAGAACUCAAUAGAUGGCUUCGCCUACUACUUGGCGGAGGAGACUGAGGAUGGAGGCGCCGAUGCAAACGACGGCCAAGGCUCAAGCCGUAUGGUUGUGGUUCUCCAGCAAGAGGGUGUAUUCCGAACGAAUUGCCUCGACUGCCUGGAUAGGACAAACUUGAUCCAGACCCUCAUUUCCCAGAUGGCUACAGAGGCUUUCCUGGGUCAUCGAGGCGAAUAUGCCACUUCGGAUUUCUGGAUGCGGCACUCGACCUUGUGGGCAGACAACGGAGAUGCUUUGUCAAAGAUCUACGCGGGCACUGGUGCGCUCAAGUCAUCCUUCACUCGUUCUGGGAAGAUGUCCUUGGCUGGAGCUGUUGCAGACAUGCGCAAGUCGGUGCAACGUCUCUACCACAACAAUUUCACAGACUCGGCCAGGCAGACAACGAUCGACCGGCUCCUGGGACGGCUGGUCAACCAAAUACCCGUCCUUCUUUUCGAUCCCAUUAGUGAUUACGUUUCUGGCGAAUUGGCAAAGAGAAGCGUCGAAUUCUCGUCUACACAGGACAUAACCAUGUUGGUCGGAACUUUCAAUCUGAACGGUCGCACAGAAGGUGUCGAUAGCGAUCUUGAGGUAUGGUUGUGUCCAGAAGAACUUGGCCAUGUACUGCCCGAGAUUGUUGCGGUCGGGUUCCAAGAGAUCGUCGAGUUGAGCCCACAACAAAUCAUGAACAGUGACCCCUCGAGAAAACAGCUCUGGGAAGCUGCAGUCAGACGAUGCCUCAAUAAACGUGCCAAGUCACUUGGCGGAGAAAGAUACGUGUUGCUCCGGAGUGGACAACUCGUCGGUGCGGCAUUAUGCAUCUUUGUCAAGGCAUCGGCCUUGGCCAACAUUAAGAAUGUUGAGGGAAGCGUCAAAAAAACAGGCCUAUCAGGGAUGGCAGGCAACAAAGGCGCGGUUGCCAUACGAUUUGACUACGCGAAUACCCAUAUUUGCUUUGUGACUGCUCAUUUGGCUGCCGGGUUUUCGAAUUAUGAUGAGAGAAACAGAGAUUACGCGACGAUUCACCACGGGCUGCGCUUCCAGCGAAACCGUGGUAUUGACGAUCAUGAUGCUGUUGUUUGGCUGGGAGACUUUAAUUACAGGAUUGGUCUCAGUUCUGAGGCUGCCCGUGGCCUAAUCAAGAAGGGUGAUCUGGAGACACUUUACGAGAACGAUCAGUUGAACCUUCAAAUGAUCGCCGGACUCGCAUUCCCCUUUUACUCGGAGGCCCGCAUCAAUUUCUUGCCUACAUACAAGUUUGAUCUUGGCACGGACAAUUAUGAUACUUCCGAAAAAGCGCGAAUCCCAGCCUGGACCGAUCGUAUCCUACGCAAGGGUGGGAACUUGCGUCAAUUGGCGUACAACUCGGCUCCUCUCAAGUUCUCAGACCAUCGACCAGUGUAUGCAUUAUUCCAGUGCAACGUCAGUAUAGUCGACGAGGCCUUCCGAGAUCGAAUCAGCAAGGAGCUGUAUCAACAACGAAAGGCCGAAGUUGGAGACACAACGGCAAACCUGGACUCGGAGGAAACCGACGACGAGGACUUGAUAGGCUACGAAGCCAUCGAGCCUGGACUACCUCCUGCUAGCUCUGACCGCCAGAAAUGGUGGUUGGAGAACAAGCAGCAGGCCAGAGUAGACAUCAAGCAACCAACAGCACCCGAAGGCCACGCCGCAAUACUAAAUCCCAACAGGGCGCCGAACCCCUUCACGCCGACUGGGGAGCCGGACUGGGUGAACGUACCCAGAUCAAGACUGUCGUCCUUCUCCAGCGUAUCGACUUCGCCAUACGAGCAUGUUUCCGCCCCCAACGAUCUUUCGUCGUCGGCAACAAACCGAAUAACGAGGAAACUUCCGCCGGCUUUUGAUCCGUUGACUCUGCCAGGAAAGUUCAAUGGUCUCAACAUCAAGGACGAAAAGUCACAACGUGGAGAAACGCCGCCGCCGCCACCGCCGCCUAGAAGACAGACGGGAGCAAGCGCGGCAAUCCAACACCCACCACUGAUACCCUCCAACAAAUCGCGGAAUACGACGCCUCCUCCUCCACGGCCGUCGUCUGCCAUUUCCCAAGUUUCACAGAUGUCGUCACAAUCCAAAUCCAAACCGGCACCACCCGUUGCAAAGAAGCCGGCGCACCUAGCUACCGCGCCGGCCGCGGCAUCUCCAAUUCCGAGUAGCAAUGGGAUGUUGGGUCAUUAUAGAGAAGAACCGGAAGAAAAACCAACGCUACCGGUCCGAGCCUCGACGGGCUUUACGAACCUCGGUGCGAGCAGGGAAGGGACGCUGAGAAAGCCAGUAGGCACACCAGCUAAGCCUCCCAAACGAGCGGGAACUAUGACUAUUGAGUCUGUGAGGCACACCCCGAUGGCUGGAGCAGUUGCUCUACCGGGGAUGAGGGCUGGCGAGGAACGGCCAAAACCAAAGAUCCCGGCAAGGAAGAAGGUGCCGGUAGACUUGCUAGACUCACUGGGCGAUGAUGGACCCAGUGACAUGGGAAGCUGGGAGGCAUUAGUCCCCAACUCUCAGAGAUGA